CAUAAGGCCACGGCUUUUCACCGGAAAGAGGCUCGCCGAUGUGGGGGAGGAGCCCAAAAAGGACUGUGGGAGAAAGGCUCUUUCCUUUCCGUCUGGCGGCAGCCAUCAGUUCAAAGGUAAGCCAAGAUGGGCGCUUACAAGUACAUCCAGGAGCUAUGGAGGAAGAAGCAGUCCGACGUAAUGCGCUUUCUUCUCAGGGUGCGCUGCUGGCAGUAUCGCCAGCUUUCUGCGCUCCACAGGGCCCCCCGCCCAACCCGGCCCGAUAAAGCGCGUAGACUGGGUUACAAGGCCAAGCAAGGUUAUGUCAUAUAUCGGAUUCGUGUGCGACGUGGUGGCCGCAAACGCCCAGUUCCUAAGGGUGCUACCUAUGGCAAGCCUGUCCAUCACGGUGUCAACCAGCUGAAGUUUGCCCGAAGCCUCCAGUCUGUUGCAGAGGAGCGAGCUGGACGCCACUGUGGGGCUCUGAGAGUCUUGAAUUCUUACUGGGUUGGCGAAGAUUCCACAUACAAAUUCUUUGAGGUUAUCCUUAUCGAUCCAUUCCAUAAAGCUAUCAGAAGAAACCCUGACACCCAGUGGAUCACCAAACCAGUCCACAAGCACAGGGAGAUGCGAGGGCUGACAUCUGCAGGCCGCAAGAGCCGUGGCCUCGGAAAGGGUCACAAGUUCCACCACACUAUUGGUGGUUCUCGCCGUGCGGCUUGGAGAAGACGCAAUACUCUCCAGCUCCACCGUUACCGUUAAUACAAGUAAUGUUUGUAAAAUUCUUACCUAAUAAACAAUUUAGGACAGUCAUGUCUGCUUAAAAGUGUUCUUUAAUUUGUCUGUUAAAAUUAGUUGUCUGCAGAUUGUUCCAUGAAUGCAUUGUCAAAUGAUGAAAGUUAAAGUGCAAUAAUGUUUGAAGACUAUAAGUGAUGGUGUAUCUUGUUUCUAAUAAGAUAAACACUUGUGUCUUUUGCUUUAUCUUAUUAGGGAGUUUAUAUGUCAGUGUUUAAAUGCUGUUUGGUAUAAUAGGUGUAAAAUAAAUUCUGUAAAAGUGGAAUGCAGAAGCUAGCCAUGUAGAUUUGUUGGUGCAUGUAAUGAAACCUACAGCUUCAUUGGGGUGAUGUUAUGCUCUGCUGGUUUACUCUCAAAUGUUUGUUCUUAGGGGGUUGGUAAGAACAAGCUUUUUAAAUUGGAUUUUGCUUGGAAACGUGAAGAAUAUCCUAAUCUUUUAUCGUGAUGAUAUGCAGAAAAAUGUUAACUGGGAACCACAUUUUUAGGUUGAGUCCAAUAUCCGAUUCACAUAACUGCUGCUUCUGAAAGAAUAGUUAAAAAUGCCACCAUUUUUAGGUGAAUUGAAUAAACCUGUUGCAAGAGGAUUCUCUUAGAAAUGAAAAUAAAUCCUGCUUAACCAAAGCAAAAUUGCCUUGGUCUACACAGUACCAUUGAGUGAGUAUCACAUAAAAGGUGGAGGCUCCUGGUUCUAUUCCAUGACUCCAUGGGAUCUGUAGAAUACUGAAUUUCCUACAAAGCAGUCAUUAAUGGUAUUUACGCUGAUUUACAUUAAAACUGGUGGAAAUUGAUCAUUGGGUAAAUGAGAAGACUUUACCUUGAGAUUUGUAAGCUAGUAACCCAUCUAAUGCUAGGAUUGGGAAACUGGUGGCCAUCAUAACCUUUUAAGUGUGAGGGUAAAAAAGUUGGCUUAGAUCAGUUUUAAAUGCUUUAUCAUUUAAAUGGUGUUAAUUGGUGUUCGUGACCAUUUUGAACCCAUUAGCAAAGUAUGUUCUCUUGGGUUAACCCUCCUUACCCACUCCCACAGGCUACUGAGAAAAGUCCUGUAGUUGGUGUCAGUACAAGUUUAUAGUUUACAAUCUCAUCCUUAAUGUGUUGUCCACAGUCACUUCUCAUCUUUGCUCUAACCCCUCGAAAUCAUUGUCAUUCCAUAAACACGCCAAGCCAUCAUUUAUGCCCAGCUUGAUGUUAAGCAUACCACAUUCUUGUCUUCCAGUAGAUGAAAUUUGUUUCCCAGGGUGAGCUUGAGUGUGUAGCAAAGAGGAAUUGCCCCAGUUCUAAGUUUGUUGAUUGAAUCUAGUAUGAUUUCAAAAUCUAAUUGCUGGUUGUCUUCGAACCAGUUUUUAUUUUUUUUCAAGGGUUUAAGGCUGAGGUGAUUUCCAGAAAACAGGCUUAAAACCCCUUGAGAUCUGAAUUUUUUUCACUCAGAAAGAGAUCCUAAACCAUACCUAACUUUAUGUGUAGAGGUGGUUCGACUAAAGGAAUAAAUGUUUAUUAAACUAACAAAUGGACCUGUUAUCUUUUGUCACCUAAUAAUACACUUAAAAGGAAACCAAGUACCGUAAUCUACCAGAAAUUGUAAUGGCAGAAACAGUCAAUUUGAGAGGAAAUAAAAUGUAUAGUAUUUAGUCUUGAGAA